GAACGUCUUGUGGAUUAGGAUAUGAGAGUGAACCUAGGGUUACAAUCAUAAUAUUUAACAUAUUUGACAUGUAAAUUAAAAAUAUUUACUUAGUAAGCUUAAACAGAUGGUCCAUGUUAAUUAAUUCUGUCCAUCCAAGCCCAAUGGGCCUACAAUGGGGAAAAGGAAAAUAAGCGGGCUUUCGUUUUUCCCUAAAAUUUAUCUGGAUGUCGGCCUGGCCGAUGCCUUUCUCUUCCGGUAGAAGCCCAAACAAAACAAGCCGAUACGCGAAACCCUAGUAAAGUCCUCGUAUAUAUUGAUUUCGCCGCUCUCUGAAUCACCGAUUUACGCAAUCGCAGAAGCCGGGAACGGAGGCCUACCGUCGAGCAGAGGCAGCCAUGGUGAACGUACCGAAGACAAAGAAGACCUACUGCAAGAGCAAGGAGUGCAAAAAGCACACCUUGCACAAGGUCACCCAGUACAAGAAGGGAAAGGACAGCUUGGCUGCGCAAGGGAAGCGUCGUUAUGACAGGAAACAAUCAGGUUAUGGAGGUCAGACAAAGCCCGUGUUCCACAAGAAGGCCAAAACCACGAAGAAGAUUGUAUUGAGGCUGCAGUGCCAGGGUUGCAAGCACGUCUCCCAGCACCCGAUCAAGAGGUGCAAGCAUUUCGAGAUUGGUGGAGACAAGAAGGGGAAAGGAACAUCCCUCUUUUAAGUCUUUUUUCUGUUGUUUGCUACUCUGUUUCUGCUCUCCCUUACAAUGGGAAGGGGAUACUGCUUGGGAUUCUUUCAGUUUUGUUAUUGCAGCAGUGGACAGAUGCAAAUGUGCUUUUACCAAGUUGAACCCAUUGUUAUUGUAGUUCAAGAAUGUAGAAUCAUGAGAUGGAAGUCUCUCAAGUCUUCACCCAUUUCAAAACGUUCCAUACAGCAGCUACCUUAUUAUUAUGACCAACAAAGCUUGGUUCAACCUCGACUUAUUAGUAAACAAGUUGAGUAUAUCGAAAGCGUUUUCUCAAUUAUCUAAAAGUUUUCAUGUUCAUGCAACUGACUAAAAGUCAAUUUUGUUA